AUGGCAUUAUCAGCCUUGGGAUAUUUUUGUUUAAUAACAUUUUGCAUUGUUAACAACAAUUGCAUUGAUAUUUCUUCAUUAGAAGACAUCACUGAGGCAACAUGUGUCGAAAAUUGUGAAAAUAUAACUGAAAUAUCAACAUCUGAAUUUUAUACUCAAACUAAUGAAUUCACAAAAUCCAAUUCAAAUAAUAAUAAUGAUGAUGAUUAUUCUGAAGACACAACAGAAAAUUAUAAUAUUCUUCUUCUAACAAAAAAACCACAAAAAUCACUUAUUCCAAUUGUACCACGAAAACCAAAUAAUACUGAGGCAAAUAAUAAUAAUCAACCCAUGGAAAAAAAACCUAUUAAGAUCGAAAAAACAAAAUCCGAUAUUUGUGAAUGUGAUUAUCAGGUAUCAUCUUGUGACAUAAACUGUUGUUGUGAUUUAGAUUGUACAGAUUUGCAGAUUGAAACUUUUUCCUAUUGUUCCAACGUCCAUGAAAAACUUUAUGACAACAGAUAUUGUUACAGAAAAAACUUUUUAUUUCACAACACUUCAAAAUUUAUUCUUGAAAGGGUGGCUGAGAAUUUAUUUUGCAUAGUUUAUGACAAUUUACCUCCUGUUUAUACAAUAAACAACAAUGUCAGCAUUCAAAGUGAGAAGGACUUGGAUAAAGCGAUAGGGAAAAUAGAUCCGUACAAUUUUAAAUGGGAUUUAGAAGUAACAUGGAUGGAUCCGAAAUUUCAAACAAAGGAACCUUAUCGUCAUGGCGAUACAAUUUGGAAACUUGAUAAAACUUUGAUAGAACCUCUAGAAUUAUUGCAAACUGGCUUCACGGGACUUUGUAGUUUUGUAAAAUCCAUCAAGUUUCUUGAAAAUUGGAAAGGCUCGUGUCUUCAAAUGAAUUUAUCGAAUAAUAAUUCUUAUCUAUUUCCGGAGAAAUAUAAUAAUUUUUCUAUUAUAAAAUCACCACAUUUAUUGGAUUUAAAUAAAUUCAAUCGUUAUCAGAAAUGUACAACAAUGUUGUGUGCUCCAAUAGAAUCCAACUACUGUCACGAAUCGUGGACAAAUUGUACAAAAAAUAGAACAAAUCCAACAUUAUGUUCAAAUGAAAAUUGUCAAAAUGUAAUAAAAAGUGUUCGCUAUGUGAUUAAACAUAAUGGUACAUUGGGAAUAAAUGACAUUCAAUUAUAUUUUUUCGAAGCAAAUGUAACGGGAAAAUUUUAUCAAAAUUUCCAAGUAAUAUUCGAAUGGUAUAAUGAUGAUCGAAAUAAAAGUUAUCAACGAAGUGGAAAUCCUGGUUAUACAGCGGGUAAUCCAAUUUUUAUUGCCACAUUAAUGACAAAUAAUUCCUCACAAAAUGUGGGAACAAAAAAUAUUUUUUUCGAUAAAAAUAAUAAAUAUCUAACACUACCAAUUGCCAAUUCAAAAGGUGAAUGUGACGAUAUAAAAAAAUAUACCGUGAAUUUUGGUGAGAAUAUUAAAUUAAAAUGUAAAUUUAUUCUAAAAUCGAAAUAUUUUUCAAGUUCAACAUGCGCCGAAUUGCAAAAUAAAAUAUUUCAUUUAAUGUUAAAAAAAACAUUUCUCAAUUUAACCGAUAUUAAUAAUUCAAAUAAAUUACAAAUAUCCCGUUCUGGCAAUAUUAUUGAUCGUAAUCAUUCAAAUUGGAUUGAUGUUUUUUACAAUCAAUUACCAAAACAAAUGGCAAAUGGUCGUUUAUUUGAUGAGAAAAUAUCUUGUUCUGGUUUAAUAACAUCAAUGAGAAUUGAUGUUGUACAUUCAAUUUUAUCAAAACCAGAAUUUAUCGAUAAUCAUGUUAUAUUAGGUUUUGGUGUGACAUUUUCUAAUUUAACAACAAUAACAUGGACAAAAUGUAAAACAAUUAAUUGUAUUGAUAAUUUAAAUGUUAAUAUUAUUAAUUAUGUAACAUUUCACGAUGCAUCGAAACCGUCGAAAAUUUAUUUUGCCAGUGGACCAAAUUUAGAUAUAAGUUUACCAUACGAUUUCUUUUAUCCAUUUCUCAGUAAUUCUAAGGGAAUAACAAUUUAUUUAAAUAAUUUUCCCCUUUAUUGUUUAUUUAUCGCGUUAAUUAUAAGUUGGUAGAAAUUUAAAUUAAUAUUUAAAAAAAAAGAAAUGUGAAAAAAAGAAAUAAACGCACAAAGUAAU